AUCUCCCUUCUUUGGCGGUAGAUUUUCAAGUUUUUUCCUGAGCACUCGAAUAUUUGAUUGAUGAUGUUAGGUAUAUAUUGUAAAGUUUAUUAAUGAUUGAACCAGCAGUUUCAUUCAUCAUAAACCGUCAACUCUAAAUUAAGCAAAGAGACGAAACUGGACCCAAAAAGACUAAAGGCAUAAAUUUAUACAUAUCUAUCUAUGAUUUUGGAAAGAUAGCAAUGGCAUCUGAUGAAGAUGUAGCAUCUAGAUUACAUACCUGGGCUUUACAGGAGAUGCACUUCCACCCACAGGGUAGACAUGUUAAUACACCUUUACCCAAUGCCAGCCAGUUCAAACAAAUUUUUCGUGGUCCUACAGCAGAUUUCUGGAAGUUUGUUCUAUUAAGAGUUAGAUCUGCACAGACAGUGAAGAAAGUGAAAGGAAAUUUGGGAUUAAAAAGACAUGCAGAUAAGUCAUAUAAAGUCAAAUACAAAACUGGUAAUAAAUUUGACGAAGAAAAAGAGAAGCUUCUGGAACAGAGAAACAAGUUAACAGGGGAGGUAACUUCAUUGUUUACUGAUAUUAACCAUCUGGAAAAUGACUUCAAAAGACUGGAACACGAAGUGGUGGAGGCAGAGACCAGAUACCAGACAUCUUGUAAUGAAAUCAGCGUCUUGAGACGCCAGAGAGCUUUAGUACAGACAUACUCAUUACAAACAAAUGAUACAGCUAAACAUUAUGAAGAAUAUACCAAGAAAAUAACAAUACAGGCGGAUAAACUUCUGAAUAAGGCAAAGAAAGGAUCAGAAUAUUACAGUAGAAAGAGAAGUUCUACAGACGAUGACCAUUAUAGUUCUUCUCUAGAGACCAGACAAGGGAAACAAGUAAGAGAGACAUGUGAAGCCAUAGGAUCUUUUCUUCAGAAAAUGUUACAAGGAGAGUUUGGUACAGAUAAAACUGUGUUUCAGUCAAAGAAAGAUAUAAUAUGGAAAUCAGUGGAAGAAUUAUUAAGUGAGUUUAGUGUGUCACAGAUACUGAAUGCUUUGGUAACUAACACACAGGAGUCAGCUUUUACUCUAAGAGAUAUGACGUCUAAAGUAGACAUCAGGAGAGAUGCGGAAAAACUGAGGUUUAAAUAUGAAAGAACAGGACAACUCAGAGAUGAAUCUCAUCCUCCAAAUAUCCUACAAAGUGUUCACCAACUGUUAGAGGAAAAUCAAGUUAACCAGAUAAAAAGAUUUGUAGAAACAGAGAAGUUUUGUAACGAGACCUGGAAAUUGGAACAACGAUUUGCUGAAGUGAAGGAAGAAAUCGAUACUAAAUUACAAUUUGUCUUCAAAAACCAUAAAGAUUUAAAAUUGGCAAGAGAAUUGAUUGAAUGUGAUAUAGAUCUAGUGGGUAACAAAGCCAUUCUUGCUAGUUUGAACUGUGAAGCUAACAAUUUAAGGGAACUUAUUUCAAAAUCUUUAAAGGAUAAAGACAUUUUAUGUGCCAAAUUUCAAAGGAUUCAAGAUUUUAAACAAAUAGUGGAAAGAAAACAGAAUUUGAUACAGGUUCUUGCCAGACAGAAUUAUAAUGCCAAAUCUAGAUUAGAAGAUCAAAGGAAAGAGAUUGAUCAGUACAUAAACAAGUCAUUGUCCACACACUUCACAGAGACCCAGACACUGACCAGUGGAUUACAUGGAUCUGUAGUAGAUGAGAUUAAUAAAUUUACAGCUUUGGCCUUACCUAACUUAUUAUUUACUGUUGUCACUGAAAGUGCUUUGAAGACCCCAAUAUCAGACAUCUCUAUAAACCAGACUACAAAUCCAUCCUACCAACAGUUACAACAAUUAUUAGAUACAGUACAGUUCCCACCAUAUAAGGCACCAGAAUGUAUAUUAUUACACUGUUUGAAGAUGAAAUAUGAAGACACAUUAAAGAAAAUUAAUUGGUCUGACGAGGACAUUUCCUCAUCACAGAUUGAAGAGUUAUGUAAGAAUGUUCAUGAACAUGACCAGAAAUUAUUAGAUAAAAUGUUACCAUUACUGAAUCAGAGAAUAAACUCCACAGGGAAGGCACUGGCAGACUGUGUACAUGUUAAAGAUACUAUCAGUGAAUGGUGGAACCAGCCAGCACAGUAUGUAGUACCUUGGGUUAAAGUAGAGGGUAACAGUUUACAGAAUUGGAAAGAAAAAUGGACAAUAAUAACUACAAAACUCAGACAAAUGAUGGUCAAACAACAUUGAGAUUACUUCGUUAUUAUAUAUUAAAAGUGAA